ACGAGAGAGAGAGAGACGAGCUGAGGAGGAGAGGAGGCGUCUCGCCGAGCUGGAGAGAGAGAGGAGGAUCCAGGAAGAGAUGGAGAGGAACGAAGCUUUGAGGAGGAAACUCCAAACUGCUCACAGCAGGUUUGAAGAAGAUCUGAACCUCCAACGAAGAGACUUCAACCAGCAGAGAACUCAGGUUCUCCACCAGGUCCUGGAAGAUCCAUCAGCUGUGAUCGAGAGAGACGAGCUCGCUGACGUUAAUGAGGAGUUUGAAAAACUUUUGAGGACGUACCAGAUCAAGGAGAGUGAAGACCUGGAGGGCAGCCUGGAGGACAGGAUGAAGACUCUCCAAAAUGAGCUGACCUUAAUACAUUUAGAAGCAAACAACAUCCCACUGUGGUCCCACAUAGCUCUGGACCAGGUCACAGGAUACGUGGACCUGUCUCUGACGGAGAAGCUUCACGUCCUGGAGGCGGUGGUGAAGGUCACUCUGGAGGCUGACCCUGAGUUUGACCAGGUCCUCACAACUGGACAAGACAAGAAGGUUCAAUUCAUCUUCAGUUUACAAGAACAGCUGCAUGUCUCCAACCCAACGUUGGCCAGACAGGUUCUAGUAAAUGCUCUGAAAAUGACAUCACAGCUGUCCCCAGUAAGCAAAGACAUCCUCAGUCAAAUACUGUUCAACAACAUCUGGACCCCAAAGGAAAUCAAACUUUUCAUUGGACAGGUCUUAAGCGUGGACCAGGGAGUGGUUUCACAGAUCCUCCACAAGGUGUGUACCUACAGGCUGAGCUGCAUCGAUGCUCUGUCUGCGCUGAAGGACAAACAUCCUGUCAAGUUCAUACAAGGCUGUGCUUCAUACGAGAUGGACAAAGAUGUAGACACUAUUCUGAGUGAGAUGCAGGACACAAACUGUCCUGGACAUCUCCUGUUGCUGCUUGAAGACAUACUAAGACACAUGGAGGCAGAGCUGCCCAGAAAGACACAUGAGGUCUUGAAUGCACCGAUGAUCGAUCAAGUUAAAAGAUUGACAACUUCCUUAGAUUUUUCCAGACCUAACUCUGAUGAUCUCAAGGAAAACCUGGUUGGACUGUCUAUAGCUGUGAAGACAUGCACCACGUUCACGUCUCAGAGUGGUGAAGAAGUCAAAGGAUACUUCCCAAGACCCACUCAGCUUGCUUCUUUACUUCUACUGCUGCUGGCACAGUCCAAGGACCAAAGAGGUUGUGUCUUGGAAAUCGGCACUGGAGAAGGCAAGACUUGUGUUUUAGCCAUGUUUGCUACGAUCCAGGCCAUCAGAGGGACGAAGGUCGACAUCGUCACCAGCUCUCCUUUACUCGCAAUCCGUGACCAAGAACAGUGGGAACAAUUAUACUCCAUGUUUCGUGUGACAUCGUCCAUUGUGCCUCCACCAAACAUAAAUACAUGUGGUCCUGACACUCACGACAAACUGAUCGAGGAGGCAUAUAGCAAGCAGAUAGUUUAUGGCACAGUCAGUACCUUCGCAGCAGAUUCACUCCGGGAACAGUUUGAGAGGAAAACCACUCGAGGGCCGAGGGCGUUUGAGUGUGUAGUCGUGGAUGAAGUGGACUACAUGACGCUGGACAGUGGAGUUCAGGUGACUUUUCUUUCACACCAGGCCAGUGGAAUGAGGCACGUGGAGCAAGUCCUGGCUGCCACAUGGGCCGUGAUGUCUGCCUGUCGGCCAAUAGAAGUGUUUGAGACGGGGGAGAUCCAGUGGGGAACCAGGAUCCAGCAGUUUCACAAGGCUACAGUCCAGGCUGUGAUGGGCUCAGAAUCAAAAGACUUCUCAGCAGAUGACGUACUGCAGCUCGGAGUUGAGCUGGGGUUUUACUCACAGCAGGACAUGAAAGAAAUAAAUGAAGCCGAGUGUCAGGCACAAACAAACAAUGACAGCCCUGAGGCUGGAACGUGGAAAGCCACAAAGAAAGUCAUGGCCAAAACUGGACCUGAAGUACAGUAUAACAUCCUGAAUAAUCUGGAGAGGGUGACGGGUCACAGUGUGGCUGUAGACUGCUACUCACUGGAGGACAACAAAGCCAAACUGUACGGGAAAGAAAGCUCUCAUGGAGAUCCUGAUGUCAGCAUGCUUCUACUGGAGAAUGGUGGAUCCUGUCAACUCAUGUCUGAGAAAUCACUCAUUGAAGGAACUGUUAACAAACUCAAAACUAAAAUUAAAUAUUCUGCAGAAUGUUCCCUGGAUUCUCUGGAGGAUUCUAAAGGAUUUAUUGUGGUUCCAUCGUUCUUGAAAACAUAUGUUGAGAAUCAGUUACCAGUGUUUGCUGAGAACGCUUUAAGAGCCAUCCAAAUGACACAAGGACGAGAGUACAUGAUCGAUAAAGCACCUGAAGCCGACAGAGGAGGUUUCAGCGAAAGUCAUCAGUAUGACGCCAUUAUUCCCGUGGACUUCCAGGCCAGUGGAGUGUUGGAGAAAAACAAGCGAUGGGGGGAUGGACUGCAACAAUUUCUGGAGAUGAAGCACCAGCUGGCAAUUUCACAAUUAUCUAUUGUAACAAACUACAUGUCAAAUGUCCACUUCUUUAAAAACUACCUCCGUGGAAAAGGCAUUUACGGAGUCUCUGGGACAUUAGGUGGUGCAGAUGAGAAGACAUUCCUAAAACGACAUUACAAAACAGAAAGUUACGUCAUUCCUUGUCACCGCCAUAAAAAAGUGGUUGAGCUGCCGGCGGUCCAGGUGAGCGGUGGCCCUGAGUGGAUCAAGGUGAUAUGUGAGACUACAUGGAAAGCAGCAGACCGCGGCCAAGUUGUCUUGAUAAUCUCAGAGGAUGUCAACACUGCAGAUGAGUUGAAGACCAAGAUAAACAGCCAGCAAAGACCCACACAGGUCACCAUGUACACAAUCAGUGCAAAGCACAACAUUGAGAAGCAGAACUUCAGCAAAGGACACGUCAUCAUCGCCACAAACCUCGGUGGCCGUGGGACUGACAUUCAUGUUUGUCCGGAAGUGAACGACUGCGGCGGCCUCUUUGUGCUUCUCACGUACUUUCCUGGAAGUCACCGCGUGGAGAGACAGGUCUUUGGACGCACCUCCCGCAAAGGAAACCCGGGGAUGGUGCAGAUGAUAAUCAACACAGACCAUCUAGCUCCAGCUUAUCAAGGCCAAUCGGUGGAAACCAUGAGACGCCUUAGAGAGGAGCAUGAGCUCAGCCGUUUAGACAGCAUGGAGAAACAGGAGCUGCUUGAAAUAGAAAUGAAGGAAAAUCUCUUCUCCAAAUUUUGUAAAUUUCUUUGUAACUUUGACAAGAAUUACUCAGAAGAAGAGAAAAGUGACAUCACACAAAUGAAGCUGAGGAAUGUUCCUGAGUGUUUUAGGAUCCAUCGCUCAAAGUUUGAUUAUCAGAUUGCACUGAAUUCUCUGAAAGAGUCGUGGGCUCUGUGGCUCAUCUUCCACGAAGAACAUAUCAGCAGGCACGAUGAAAUCAAAACACUGGAAGAAGACCUCAGCAAGCACUUGAAGAACACUGGUGACUGUCUCCUACAGGGGAAAAGCACUAAUUCUUAUGAUUAUAUCAAACAGGCAAAAAGCAGAACUGACUUGUACUCCGUUGACAAAAAGAAAUGUGACUAUGGAGCAGUUUGUUAUUGGCAGAGUGCUGCAAAGUGUGACCGUUUGUACUGCGCUGUAGCACUCUACAAUCAAGCAUACUUCACCAUCAGCCUGAGAAAGAAAGACUACAUAUCAGAGGCAAAGGCAUUCCUGGAGAAAGCCAAGAUCUCAGUGGACGUGUACCUGGCAGAAUCAACAAACACAGUGAUGUUUUGUAAUUUUUCUAUCACAAAAGACUUUCCUCCACAUCGCAAAAACAGCAACCUCCAGUACCAAAUGCAAGCCAGGAUGAACAUCUUCAAGUCCUGGAAAGGGUACAUUGAAAGUGCACUGAAAACUCUUGCACAGCUUGAAAGCAGCAAAAGCGACGGCAUAGUUGAGGAUUCCAGCGUCUACAACCUCUCUAAAGACAAAGACCCGAUAACGACCAACGAGCUGAAGAUGCUCUAUGAGUUUGGACUUGGCGUCGUGUUUGAGGUUAAAAAGAAACCCAAGUUCUGCUACGAUGCCCUGGCAUGUUUUUUGCUUGGCGUCAUUCAGAUAGUAGCAGGUGUUCUGGUCUGUGCCCUGUCAUGUGGUGCCGCCAGUCAGUUCGGACAGGGAUUGAUCAGUGAGGGGGUGUCCGACAUGAUUCAGGGGCUUAGAGGCAUGAUUGAAGGUGGCUUUGACUGGGCUCAGUGGGCAAUCGCCAAAGCCAUCAGCAUUGGCGUGUCUCUGGUGUUUGGAGGAUUUGCCAAACUGAAGCAAAGAGCUAGUGCAGUCUUUACUGCUGCUGAAUCUUCCUCUUUUAAACAUGCAACUAAGUAUGCUGUUCAGGAACUAGGGAAACAAGGAUGUGUCGCAGCUCUGGGUUACGUUGCCGACAAGGGACUCAAGGCUCUUUUUCAGAGGGUUUUGAGGAACAACUUUGAGGAAAAAGUACAUUUACUGAUCAAAGCCAACAAUGACCUGGACAACGCCCUGACAGUUUACAUCUGUUCAGGAUUACCAGACACCGACCUGGAGGACGACUUCAAAAUUAACCGUGCAUGUGAACAACAGAUGCGUCAGUCAGUGGAUGUGAUGACAACACAAGUGAUUCCUGACCUCAUGAUUGAAUGCACCACGGUCACUAAGGUCCUGGAUACCUUGUCUCAGGUCUCUGGUGUUGUAAUGCAACACGUUGAGAGUCAGAAAAACUUCAAUCGAAUGAAGGCGGUGAAGAUGUGUGUGGAAUCAGCUCAAUACAUCACACUGUGUGCACAAAUACUGAAAUCAUUUUCUACAGAGACGCUCAUCAAUGAAACCUUUGUGCCUCAGUUCUUGAAAACCAUCAAUGAACUAACAAAAGGAACGGACGACCUGAAUGAUAGACGAAAUUUGUCCGAAGUGAAACGCCUCAAACACGAAUUCCUCAACAUCAUCACACAAAGCAUUUCUAAUGCACUAAUUGAAGCUUGUUCCAGGCACAUGACCUCGUUCAUGACCAAAACGUGCGUGUCUAAAAUCAACCAAAAAGCUGGCGAAGCCGUCAGUAAUCUACUGGGCCGGACUGACACUCAGAGCUUCUUUGACAACCAGUUGUAUAACAACCAAAUGAAGAAUUGUACCCAACGUCCAUGUGAGCCUCUGUCAGAGGACGAAUGUGAGGUCCUCAAUAGUUACAUUGAUAACAUCUGUGAUGCUGACCACCCAGCGACAGCUUUGGACAUCCUCGUCCUCACCGAGAGUGACUGUCUCCAAGGAAAAGGCAUCAAAGUGGUUAUGGUGGACGAAAAUGGGAAGAAGCUGACAGUGGAAUAUUAUCCAGGGAAGAACGCCUCAGCCGGAGACAUCGUACUGCGACUGACGAAGGAGCCGGAAAAUCCCGAACAAGCAGGGGUUUUCUCCUGGUUAUCCAAACGGAUGCGUGGUGAGACAAGCCCACACACUGGACAUUUUGAAAUCCAGAAACCAGAUGGCACCGUUGUCCCAGUAGAUUCAGAAAGGAAAAACUGCCUUUAUCACGCUGUUGCUCAGGCAAUGAACGGAAACACAGGCGAUGUGACGGGUGAGGUAACAAGUCUUCGCAAUGAAGUCAAAAACUCACUUCAACAAAACCUCCACAGAUACGCCCCUGUUCUGAAGUUGCAGAAAGGAUAUGAAAACACUUACAAAACCGCUAGAAAAUAUAUGUUGUGUGGAGGAGGCAAGAAGACACAACACCAGACCAGAGAAAUGUAUAAGGACUACUUGAACAAGAUGAGCACAGGUGGUCUGACUGAGGACGACAUCAAGAUCAUUAAUACUUACAAGCUUGGUCUGGUUGGAAAUAUGCCUGAUGUAAAAGGAGUCCGGAACAAAGAUAAGCCCAACAACAACAACAACAACAACAAUGUGAAGAAGAACAACUCCCCUGUGAACGCCGACCACAUCCCGCCCAUAAAGUCCUUCAAGAUGGCUAACGAGAUGCUGCAGAAAGAGGAGAACAGACACCUGAAACAGAGUCUGUCCGAGGAGCGCCCAGAACUUCUGAAGCUGAUGAAUGAAAAAGGAAACCGAGGGCUCACCAGAGAGGUCCUCACAGAUCACCACAGACUGGCUCUGACCACCGGUCACACCAUAGAGGGCCAUAGAAUCAGUGAAAUGCUGGCUAAGGCUGCUGUCAGCGGAAAUGUGGAGAAACUGAUCAAGUGGUCGCUGAUCACGGCCAAUCCAGAGAUGUCAGAGAGGCUUAGGAAGGAUGCAGGAAUAUCAGAACGCGGUACAAAACCUGAUACUUUGUCCAAAGAAGGAGUCCGGUGGUACCACAACGUUGGAGACACACUGAUGGUGGACCGAUACCAAGAGCUGGGCAUCCUGAGGGAGGAGGAGCAUCAACGUGUUAUGAAGUGGCUGGAAAAUAGGAUGGUCUACUCCUCAGAGACCAAGGAGUAUAAAGAAAUCCUGAAAGUCCUGAACAAUAGAAACAACAACAAUAGGAAAAGAUAAUCUUAUUAUUAGUGCACUUAAAGAAAUUAACUCAUGACCUGCCACUAGUUCUGUUAUUAUCACUAAUUAAAGAACAAGCGAAUACUUUAGGCAAAGGCAAAGACAAGGAACGUUUGAGGUCAUUUUGUAACUCAGUGUGAAGGGAGGCAGACAUUUAUAAAUUUGGAGGAUGUUGAAAAGGAAUGAAUGGCAUUAAAAGAGAAUAUGGGCAUCCGGUUUUAUAUGACGGGCAAACAGCAGCAGUAAGAGAUGAAGAGAUGUUAGCAAAAACCUUUGAAGGUCACAGUUCUGACAAUACUGAAGGGAAAAUGAAGUUAGUAGAACUAAAUGACAUGUUCACCAUAUCAGCCCCCUGUAUGGGGGGGCUUUGUAUAUUAGGUAUGGUUGGUGUAUAGUAAGAGGGUGGCACAGUGGCUCGG